AUGAAGGAUCCUAGGAGCUUCCGAAUCCCAUGCAUCAUAGGGGAUAUUAGCAUUGAAAAAGCAUUGUGUGACCUAGGAGCUAGAAUCAACCUUAUGUCGUUGGCCAUGAUAAAGAGAAUGAGAAUUGAAGAGGCCAAACCAACAAGGAUGGCACUUCAGCUAGCUGAUAGGACCUUCAAGUUUUCCCAUGGAGUGGUAGAGGACUUGUUGGUUAAAGUAGGAGAGUUCAUCUUUCCAGCUGAUUUUAUAGUUCUUGAUAUGGAAGAAGAGGCUAAUGCAUCAAUCAUACUAGGAAGACCAUUCUUAGCAAUAGUUGGGGUGAUAAUUGAUGUGCAAAAGGGAGAGUUGGUCCUAAGGCUGCAUGAAGAGAAGAUGGUAUUCAAUGUUUUCACUGCCUUGAGUUACCCAAAGAAAUCCAUUGGAGAAUGUAUGAUAGUAGACACAAUGGAGAAACUGGUUCAAAGAGUCUUAGAAGAAGAGCAAUGUGAAGAUGCAAUAGAGCAAGAACAACAAACAUCAUGUGGUGACCUCCCAAAAGAAAUCAUGGAAGGCUCAAUCAUGCUAGACAAGGCAAACAAGGAGAAAGUGGAAGCACUAAAGCUGGAGUUGAAGACCUUGCUCCCAAGCUUGAAAUAUGCUUAUUUGGGGAGCAAUGACACUUUUCCAGUAAUUAUUAAUUCAGCCUUGAGCAAGGAAUAA